CCCUCUCGCUCCCAACGCGGCCAAAGGAUAUCCACCUCGAGAACCUCGAGAGACCGCUCAAACAUGGCGUUCGAGGCGAACUUCUCGAAGCCGUUCCCCGCCGCGGCGGAGGGCAGGAAAAAGGUGCUCAUCAUCGUCAGCCACCCCAACGUCGGCAAAAGCUUCAACCACACGCUCGUAGAGGCAGGCAAGAAGGCGCUGGAGGAGGAAGGCCAUGCGGUCAUCGUCGACGACCUCGUCAAGAUCGGCUGGAACCCGGUCGGAUCGGAGAAGGACUUCAUCCCUGGGAAAUUGAAGCACACCGACAACUUCGAUUACCAGACCGAGCAAGGCCACGCCGCCGAUGUCACAGGAGCCUUCGCACCAGACUUGCAGGAGCAGCUCGACCUGGUGGAUUGGUGCGACCUCGUCAUCCACCAGUUCCCCAUAUAUUGGUGGUCCGUCCCCGCCAUCCACAAGGGGUGGUUCGACCGAUGCCUGGUGUGGCACUACUCCUACCCGGCGAACAAGUCCAAGUGGGUGGGAAAGCAGUGGAUGAUCUCGACGACCGUGGGGCCCCCGACGAGGAUGGCCAGCCACCCGGGCCCGGAGACCAACCCCGGCGCGGGAAUCCCGUACCAGAACUUGCUCGCGCCACUGGGGCUCGGGACGCCGCUGAUGUGCGGCAUGCAGCCGGUGCCCAUGUUCAUGGUCGGCCACCCCACGGCCGCCCCGGAGGAGAAGCAGGAGAUGUGUGGUGAGUACGCGAACCACUUGAGGAAGUUCGUCACCGGCGGCAGGGACGAGUGGUACAAGCCGGUGCCGGAUCCGAAGUGGUCCGUCUCGAUUUGCCUCGAGAAGACCAUCCCGCCGUCCGACCGGCCGACGCGUCCGGAAGAGAACUUGGGCAUCAUGCACGGCGAGGGGAGUGUGGAGUGCUCCUGAGGGAGGGGAGGGCGGAGCACUGAGCGAGGCGCGACCGCGCCGCGCCGCUGUCAAAGCGGGCAGGCGCGAGGGGCCUGGGCAAACUCCGACGGGGACUGCGGAGUGUUUUUCUAGCCGGGCGUCGAUCGACGCAUGGCGCAACCCGGGGGCGCACCAGGGAUGCGGCGGUGGCCUCCGGCGGCACAGUGGUAGUUUCAAUGAAGAGCGGCAGGUACCUCACCAGUGCACGCGGCCUAGCGGCCUGCCGCAAUAAUCAGCGGUGUCGUAUCGUAGUACUAAACUGGUUGCGUAGUACCACGAUCUAGGACUAGGUGUG